AUGUCCCGCUCCAAAAGCAUAAGCCCCCCGGGCUAUGCAGCCCAGACGGCGGCUGCUCCCAGGGGAGGUGGGGAGCACCGCUCGGCUUGGGGAGAAGCGGAGUCUCGAGCUAAUGGGUACCCCUACCCUCCCGGGGGGCUUACACGCGGCUCUACUAAAAAGACUGGGGUGGCCGUGACCCCCCAGCAGCACCGCCUGGUGAGCCGCUGGCGCAACGAUGAGGACUACGAACCCCCACUGGGCAGCCAGGACCCCCUCGGGGGUGGCUUCGGUUUCAGCUUUCGUUCCAAGUCAGCCUGGCAGGAGCAAGGAGAGGACUGCUGUCGGGGCAGUCGUCGCCACCGCCGAGGGGCAGCUGGAGGGGGCAGCACCCGCGCCCCCCCGGCAGGCGGAGGAGGUGGCAGCGGUGGCAGUGGCGGCGGGUCAGCCCCUUCCAGGCCAGGGGAGCGGAGUACCGCGACCGUGCAGGGGGGCGGGGCGGAGGUACGCCCUCGUUCUGUGGAGCUGGGUCUGGAUGAGCGGCGAAGCAAGGGCAAAGCGGUGGAGGAGCUAGAGCCCGGAGCCAGAGGGGGCGGAGAGGAGGAGGCCGAGGACGCCGGCAGCUCGACGGGCUCCGGCUCCGGAGCCGCGCUCUCACUGGGCGCCUGCUGCCUGGCGCUCCUGCAGAUUUUUCGCUCCAAGAAGUUUCCGUCGGACAAACUCGAGAGGCUUUACCAGCGCUAUUUCUUCCGCCUGAACCAGAGCAGCCUCACCAUGUUGAUGGCAGUGCUGGUGCUCGUGUGCCUCGUCAUGCUGGCCUUCCACGCUGCCCGCGGCCACUACCAGCCUCCUUACCUGGCCGUGCUCUCCGCCGCCGUGGCCGUGGUGCUUAUUCUAGCCGUGUUUUGCAACCGGGCUAGCUUCCACCAGGACCACAUGGGACUGGCCUGUUACGCCCUCAUUGCUGUGGUGCUGGCGGUCGAGAUCGUGGCAGUGCUGCUUCCCCAGCCUCGCAGUGCCUCCGAGGGCAUUUGGUGGACUGUGUUCUUCAUUUACACCAUUUACACAUUGCUGCCUGUCCGCAUGAGGGCCGCCGUGCUUAGCGGGGUGCUGCUCUCUGCCAUACACCUUGCCAUCUCCCUGCAGGCCAACUCUGAGGACCAGUUCUUGCUGAAGCAGCUUGUCUCCAAUGUGCUCAUCUUCUCCUGUACCAACAUUGUGGGAGUAUGUACCCAUUAUCCAGCAGAAGUCUCCCAAAGACAAGCCUUCCAGGAGACCCGGGAAUGUAUCCAGGCUCGAUUGCACUCGCAGAGGGAAAACCAGCAGCAGGAGCGGCUCCUGCUGUCUGUCCUUCCCCGUCAUGUUGCCAUGGAGAUGAAAGCGGACAUCAAUGCCAAGCAGGAAGAUAUGAUGUUCCACAAGAUUUACAUCCAGAAACAUGACAAUGUGAGCAUCCUGUUUGCAGACAUUGAAGGCUUCACCAGCUUGGCUUCCCAAUGUACGGCUCAGGAGCUCGUCAUGACUCUCAAUGAGCUUUUUGCUCGUUUCGACAAACUUGCCGCAGAGAAUCACUGUUUACGGAUUAAAAUCUUGGGAGAUUGUUAUUACUGUGUCUCUGGGCUUCCUGAGGCCCGGGCUGACCAUGCUCACUGCUGUGUGGAGAUGGGCAUGGACAUGAUUGAAGCCAUCUCGUUGGUCCGAGAGGUGACCGGGGUGAACGUGAACAUGCGUGUGGGGAUUCACAGUGGUCGAGUACACUGUGGCGUGCUAGGACUAAGGAAGUGGCAAUUUGAUGUCUGGUCCAAUGAUGUGACAUUAGCCAACCACAUGGAAGCAGGAGGCAAAGCUGGGCGCAUCCAUAUCACCAAGGCCACGCUGAACUAUCUCAAUGGUGAUUAUGAAGUAGAACCCGGCUGCGGGGGCGAGCGCAAUGCCUACCUCAAGGAACACAGUAUAGAGACCUUUCUCAUCCUGCGCUGCACCCAGAAAAGGAAAGAAGAGAAGGCCAUGAUUGCCAAAAUGAAUCGCCAGCGAACCAAUUCCAUUGGGCACAAUCCCCCACCCUGGGGCGCCGAACGGCCCUUCUACAACCACUUGGGAUCCCACCAGGUCUCGAAGGAGAUGAAGAGAAUGGGUUUUGAAGACCCCAAGGACAAGAACACUCAAGAGAACAUGAACCCCGAGGAUGAGGUGGAUGAGUUCCUGGGCCGGGCAAUUGAUGCAAGAAGCAUUGACCGGCUGAGGUCAGAACACGUUCGGAAGUUCCUCUUAACUUUCAGAGAACCUGAUUUAGAAAAAAAGUACUCCAAGCAGGUGGAUGACCGCUUCGGUGCCUACGUGGCCUGUGCCUCCCUCGUCUUCCUCUUCAUCUGCUUUGUCCAGAUCACCAUCAUGCCACACUCCAUGUUUAUGCUGGGUUUCUAUUUGACGUGUUUCCUGCUGUUGACCAUGGUGGUAUUUGUCUCUGUGAUCUACUCCUGUGUGAAGCUUUUCCCAGCACCCCUGCAGACUCUCUCUAGGAAGAUCGUCCAGUCCAGGACCAACAGCACUGUAGUUGGGGUCUUCACCAUCAUCCUGGUUUUCCUGUCUGCGUUUGUCAACAUGUUCAUGUGCAACCCUGUGGAUCUGUUCAGCUGCCUGGCGGACGAGCACAAUAUCACCGUGAGCAAAGUCAAUGCCUGCCAUGUGGGCGAGUCAGCUUUCAACUACAGCCUGGGCAUUGAGCAGGGCUUCUGUGGCAACCCCCUGCCCAACUGCAACUUUCCAGAGUACUUCACCUACAGUGUCCUGCUCAGCCUGCUUGCCUGCUCCGUGUUCCUGCAGAUCAGCUGCAUUGGGAAGCUGGCGUUGAUGCUGACCAUCGAGGUCAUCUAUGUGCUUAUGGUGGAGGUACCAGGGGUCACACUCUUUGACAAUGCUGACUUGCUGGUCACAGCCAAUGUCAUUGAUUUCUCCAACAACAAUGGAACGACGCAGUGCCCUGAGCAUGUGACAAAGGUGGCCCUGAAGAUCAUGACACCCAUCAUCAUCUCCGUCUUUGUGCUGGCUUUGUACCUUCAUGCCCAGCAGGUGGAGUCCACGGCCCGGCUAGACUUCCUCUGGAAACUGCAGGCCACAGAGGAGAAAGAGGAGAUGGAGGAGCUCCAAGCCUACAACAGGAGGCUGCUGCACAACAUCCUGCCCAAGGAUGUGGCGGCCCACUUCCUGGCUCGGGAGCGGCGCAACGAUGAGCUGUACUACCAGUCGUGCGAAUGUGUGGCAGUCAUGUUUGCCUCCAUUUCUAACUUCUCCGAGUUCUACGUGGAGCUGGAGGCCAACAACGAAGGAGUGGAGUGUCUCCGACUGCUCAAUGAGAUCAUCGCUGACUUUGAUGAGAUCAUCAGUGAAGACCAGUUUCGACAGCUGGAGAAGAUCAAAACCAUUGGCAGCACUUAUAUGGCAGCCUCUGGCCUCAAUGAUUCCACUUACGACAAAGCAGGGAAGACGCAUAUCAAAGCCCUGGCUGACUUUGCCAUGAAGCUAAUGGACCAAAUGAAAUACAUCAACGAGCACUCCUUCAACAACUUCCAGAUGAAGAUAGGGCUUAACAUUGGCCCAGUGGUGGCCGGGGUGAUUGGCGCUCGCAAGCCUCAGUAUGACAUUUGGGGCAACACAGUGAAUGUGGCCAGCCGCAUGGACAGCACUGGUGUGCCUGACCGCAUCCAGGUGACCACAGACAUGUACCAGGUGCUGGCCGCCAACACAUACCAGCUGGAGUGCCGGGGUGUCGUCAAGGUGAAGGGCAAAGGGGAGAUGAUGACCUACUUCCUCAAUGGAGGGCCCCCACCCAGUUAGCAGCAGGCAGGGUGGGCAAAGCUGUACCAGGCAGACCGGCCUUUGGAGAAUUGGAAAAUGACUUCUUUUGUGCCAGGCAAGGUGGGCAGACCUAGCUCUAGUGCCCACAGGGUGUCCUGGCGUGUUUUUCCACAGUGACUCCAAAACCAGCUUCCUCCUCUCCUCGGGGGCAGGAGCCCCGGCAGGACCCUGGGGGAGCCAACUUCCCCGAGAGCACUAAGUUGACCAAAGAUGUAUCUGGCUCUGUGUGUCGGCUAGGAGAAGACCUGAAUUGUUUGAGUUUUUUAACUGACGGCGGCGUCCGUCCCACAGGGUGGAAAAAGAGCUUAGUAUUUAUUGGCGUAGUGCAACCUGACACACUCGUGAACGAGGCAGGUGCUGCCUGGGGAAGACUUCGUGCCCCCCGGGGGGUAAAUACGGACCUGGGGCGUCAGCCAGGGAAAGCUCGGGGAUCCCCACAGAUGCUGCUUUUCUGUGCAAGCUUUUUAAAACUCAGACGGUGACCUGGCCUUUGUUCCACUGAGGCCUUCUGGCAUUGCUGGCCGGGGCGCUGUCCCAGGAAGGACUACUAGCCAUAUUAACUGUGCCCCUCCUCCGUCCUCCCCACCCCCGUUAGGAGCAGGCAGGACACCCGGGCCGAACAAGACUCUUUCCAAGGUGGGGAGGGGAACCCGAGGGGCAGCAGGAGGCUCCGACGGCUCUGAGAAAAGCAAAUAUUUAUUAAACAAAACAAAAACAGUUC